UUCGAAGCGAGCCCCCAUAUUGUAAGGUCAGCGGUGUCAUUCAUAGUCUACGCAGUCGGUUCGUCAUAUCGUUUUGUCUCGUAGCAUUUUAUCUCCAAAAAACCUUUCAAUUUUACUAAAGAAAUGGUUUGUGAAAAGUGUCAAAAGAAACUUGGAAAGGUUAUCUGCCCAGAUCCAUGGAAGAGUGGUGCCACAAAUAUAACAGAAGGCGGAGGAAGAAAACUUAAUGAAAACAAGCUUUUAACUCAGAAGAAAAACAGGUUUUCACCUUAUGCAGAGUUUAAGAAAUGUAAGAUAUGCAAAGAUACAGUACACCAGAAACACUCACACUAUUGUCAAGGAUGUGCUUAUAAGAAAGGAAUAUGUGCAAUGUGUGGGAAGAAAGUACUAGAUACAUCCAAGUACCGGCAAUCAUCAGCAUGAUGUGAUCAUGAGAAAAGAGUAGAAGUUAGUCUAUUCUACAACAAAAUGUAAUAUAGGCUAUAUCAUUCUUGCAGCAGAGUGGAUAUCUACUGACCAUUGACAAUAACCAUCAACAGUUAGAGUGGAUGUUCAGCAAGUGUCAUCACUGAUUGGUUAAUUUACCAGUAUUUCCAGGCCAUAGAAGGAUUAUUUACAUAUUAUUAAUUAURUAUCUGUAAAGUUACAGCGUAACGUAAAUGUGCCUCACCCCCCUCAAAAGUUUCCAUUUAAGCUAUUUUGGGUCUUAUAGAUACAUUCAGACCAUACAAUUUACAUUGUCUUCUCAAGCCAGACAUGUCAAAUGCUCAGUUGAAGGAUAAGAAAAUAUGUACUGAUCCUCCAAGUUGUAUGCAUAGUUCUGAAGCAUGUUUGUAACAUAUUUGUAAAGUGUAUAUAUAUUACCAAAGACUCAUGAAAUAAAAUUUCAAUAUCUUUUA